AUGACCACUCAAAUGAUUUCAGAAGCAAUGAUGAGCUCCGUGCAAGAAGAGAAAGUCCCUACCGAGGGACCAAAAACUCAUGUACGAGAAUUGAGGAAUACAGAACUGGUCUCACGUCUUCUAGCAGCCACACCACCUUAUCUCUACAGCGCUUUACCGCUUCAGCCACAUGCGUUCUUCUUCAGUGAAAUGCUACGGUCCUUUGUGAACGCACGUCACGGCUGCAGGCCUCCUCACUACCAUCGCCGCUUCAAGCGCCGAACGCACAAAUAUUUCGCUGAAAAUGAAAACGAUUGGCGACGUGAGUGGCCUAAACAUGAAGAAGAGAAGAAAGAACCAGAGACGCGACCCGAGGUUCCUUUGGAACUGACUGUUGAUAAGCAUACCAGGGUUCGGGAGCCAUCACCACGCAGGUUAUCGCCAAAGGCUGAGCAGCCGAAACAAAGCAGCAGCCCUGGCCCACCAGGUCGACAGUCAUCUUAUGUGGAUGUAGGAACAGAAGAACUUCCAAAGCCUUCUCCAUGCGUAGGUCGAAGCUCUGAGACGUCAGCGGUACCACAAUCAAAUCUAAUUCUCCCUCCACCUCCGCCAAUGUGGUAUCCACCUCUGUACAAUCCUGGAGGUUUCGGUGUGGAUCCAUUGAAUUUCUUCAUAGAUCUCCGUGUAUCUGGACACAUUUAUGACAGGAAGAGGGCUUUGGCUGAAGGAGUGGAUAACAACCAAGAGCCUAGGGAUGAAGGUUUAGACAAGAGGCUUACUAGAGACUUUGUUCAGCGACCACGACAUGUGUCAGCAUUCUCUGUACCAGUUCGCUCAAGCAACAUUCCUGAGGCAGAAAAGUAUUUGGAACAAUCUGGUGCGAAGGUAGCGAGCAAUGCGAAUGGAACGUCGUAUAUAAUGAGGAAUCUGAAACGGGUGUAUGAGGAUGUUCAUAGCACGCAAGAUGUCAAAGAAAAUGCCAAAGUGAGCAAAAAUGAUGAAACCAAAGCCGAGUCGUCCGAUGUUGAUGAUGAAGAUAUUAUAGAUUAA